AUGAAAGUGGUAGGACUGCUAAGUGGUGGCAAAGACUCGUGUUACAACCUGAUCCACUGUGUGCAGCAGGGGCACGAGCUGGUCGCGCUCGCUACACUAGCUCCGCCAGGGUCCAAGGAUGAACUCGAUUCAUACAUGUACCAGACGGUUGGACACGAUGCGGUCCACCUCGUUGCGGAAGCCAUGCAACUCCCGCUCUACCGUCGCGUGAUCAAGGGGACCGCCAUCAACCAGCGUGCAGAGUACGGCUUGCGCACGACCUCUUUAUCAUCCAGCAUAGCCUCCAGCAGCACAUCCAAAGCAGGACCAUUGCAAGACGAAACGGAGGACCUUUACCACUUGUUAAUGGACGUUAAACAACAUCACCCUGACGUAGAGGCUGUCUCCGUAGGCGCUAUUUUGUCCAACUAUCAACGCGUGCGGGUCGAACAUGUGGCUAUGCGCGCAGAUGUCAACUUGACGCCGCUGACGUUUCUUUGGCAGCGCUCACAGUCGGAGCUGUAUGCAGAAAUGCUUCAAGCCGGCCUCGUUUCGAUCCUUAUCAAGGUAGCUGGGAUAGGGCUGGAUGAGCGUGACUUGGGAAAGACGCUCGGCCAAAUGCAGCGCAAGCUCGAGAGGUUGUCGGCUAUGUAUGGGGCACAUGUCUGUGGUGAGGGUGGCGAGUACGAGACGUUGACGAUUGACUCGCCUCUGUUUAGGAAGAGAAUCGAGGUUGGAGACACCGAGACAGUGAUUCAUUCAGAUGGUGGAGGAUUCGGCAGUGUCAGCUAUCUGCGGCUGAAGAAUGCCAAGCUGGUUGAGAAGGAGGGCCACUUGGAUUGCAAAGCGAGAACGCCUCCAUUGUUGGACGUUGUUGGGCAGCGGACGUUGAAGACGAUCCAAAGGAGUCAUGCUUCAAAGGCAGCGGAUCUGUCCAACACAAUCGAGCACUUGCAGCUCCAUGAUGCGCUUGUGGACAUUCCAAAGCCGUCUAUCCGACGCAAAGGGCGCUAUUUCGGCAUGUCCAACGUUACCGGUGUCACCUCGUCGUCCACUCACACAUCUGUAGAGGACCAAGUCAAGAACGCCUUCAACACGAUCAAAGAGCUGCUCACCUCGUCUUGCAAAGGACUGGGCAUGGAACACGUAACGCACAUCAACCUCUAUCUUGGCACACAGACGUUGUUUGGCCGCAUCAACUCGAUGUAUCGUACCAUGUUCGGCGUCUCACCACCCACGCGAGCAUGCGUUGCUCUAGCGUCGCUUCCUCGUGGCUGUGAUCUCAUGAUCAACGCGGUUGCGUUUGACGAUACUAGCGCGACGCCACCGUUCGAUCGGCGCGCUCUGCACGUUCAGGGACGCUCAUUUUGGGCGCCUGCCAACAUCGGUCCUUACUCGCAAGGUAUAGUGCAAGCUGAGAAGAUCUGGAUUUCAGGGCAGAUCGGCUUGCUACCCGCUGAUCUGUCUCUGCCUGAGGACGAGCAUCUGCAGACGGCGCUGAGUAUACAGCAUGUGAGACGGAUUUACAAGGCGAUGAUGAACGAUAUGGGGGGAAGACAUGUUGACAAGGGCUGGGUCGAGGGUGGGCUGUGUUGGGUGGAUGACGAGGACAUGGUGGAGAUCGCCAGACGGGCGUGGAUCAGUCAGUGUGACGGGCAAGAUCAAGAAGACGAGGAAAGCGAGCGAGAAGAGGCGAAAGCGUGGCUAGGUCAGCCAAGUACUGGAGAAAGUAGACUGCCACCGAUGCUGUUCGUCGUACUGCCCCGGCACUGUUUGCCGCGAAGCGCGGCGAUCGAGUGGCAGAUCACUGCUCACACGGGUCGAAUACCUCCAUCGAUCAAGCGCGACACUGCGAACAAGACAGUCACCUCCUCUGAAGACGAUGAUGGCAGUGAACCAGGAUCCGACACGACCCAUGUCUCUAUCACACGCCUCUCGACCAUCUUUGCCGACCCGGACGCGCCAAUCGAGGCCGUUCAUACCAUCACCACCGCUUGCUCGGCGCAGAGCAGCUUUGGCGUGCUGACACUCCGUUGUCUACCCUCCUCGACUCACGUCCUUCCAGACGCCGACUCGAACCAUGCACUCACGGCGUCGAUUCGAACGUGCACAGAUCAGUCGUACGCAACCCAGCUCUUCGCACCAGUCGGCGAAAACCAAAACCAGAUUGCGCCCGCAUUGACGCUUCUCAAGCAGCUUAUCUGUCAACCGAGUGUGGAUGGCGCGAGCAAAGAGUCGCUGCUGAAUGCAUCGCAAGUGGUUGCAUGUUCAAGUGUCCAUGCUCUUGCAUCCGAUACAAGAGCACAACAGAUCGACGUUGCAUUCGUUUGGCACGGCAUCUAA